CCAAGGCUGAUCUCCAAAAUGGUGUUCUACGCAAUUAUAUUAUCAGCUACAAGGAGUACGACCAUGUGGCCAAAGUAUUUCUAAAGGCAAAGCAGCUUAGUUUGACGGCUACAGGUGCAGAACAAAGCACCUUUCUGACUAACCUGAAGCCUUCAACUCAGUACAGUGUUCAAGUUCAGGCCAAAACAAGUGCAGGACUAGGACCUGUUUCAACGGCACGUUUCUGCACCACUCUAGAGGAAGUUAAAGCAACCACAGCAGCCAAUACUCUGUUAUCUAGUACUACUGUUUCUACAAAACAGAUUCAGUAUACAAGUCUUAGUGAUGUCCACACAACUUCAACUUCAGCUGGGACUGAGUCCACAUCCACGGUUAUGGAACAAACAUCUUGGAGCAAACAUCUUUUGGAACAAACAAGCUUCAUGACAGCUGUGGUGCUUGGAGUGCCUCCGGACCCACCUGUAAUUGUGUUGGAGGAGGUGAAAGGAAAAACAUUUUCACUUUUCUGGACUCCUGGCUUUGAGGGCGACAGCCCCAUUACUGGUUUCUUCCUGCAAUAUAAAGACACAAAUGCUUCCUGGGACAAAGAUCGAUUAGUAGAUUUUGGACCCAAUUGGACAACGGCCACGAUUUUAGAGAACACUCCUUCAACAUACAACAUCCGCAUGUUUGCGAAAAACAGUCAUGGCAUGAGUAAUGCCAGCAAUGUUCUCACUGUAACCAUUGAAGAAACAGGUCAGCAAAAGAGCAGUGUCAUUGCCACCAUGUCAACUAUUAAUGACGAUUCUGCGAUUGCCGGCCAAAGCAGUGGUGUUCACAUAGCUGCCAUCAUUGUGCCAGUUGUAGUGGUGCUAUUGGUUGGUGCCAUUAUAAUUGGUUUGCUACUUCAACGUAUAAAACAGAGGAAAGGUAGCCUUAAUGUGUGGCUGAAAAAUGGGGCAAUUCAUUACAAAGGAUCAGAUUCCCUAGAAGAACUGUGAACUUUGUUUCUCUACAUUCAACUUUUGAAUACCAUAAACAACAGAGUAGUUUAUAUUAAUUAGCUAUACUAAAAGCUAUAUUAUAAAAAAUCCUUUUUAACUGAGAAAAGAUUUGCUAACAAGUAAACCUUCUUGUGUGUUUGAGUCAAACAAACCACAGAAAAGUUAAAGCUUCUACUGUACAACUAUUUUGUUUUAAAAAUUGUUAUUUUUUUAAGUGAUGGUACCACAUAUCUGCUUAAGUUGGUUUGAUUUUUUUUUUUUUAACCAAGAAACUUUUUUGUUGUUUGUUUAUUCAAAUGUAAAUCAGCCUCCACAAUUUAGCGAUUUGCUAUCAACUUUAAGCUUUUUUCCACUGACAUCUCAGGUCAGCUCACAACUUGGCACAUUUUUCCCACUAUGUGUGAAAUCACAAAGUUCACAAAACAUAUGGUGCUAAUGCUAAUAAUGUUAUGUUAGCACAAACACUCAAUCCAGUUCAAAAGGUUAGACUGAUGGGAAAUCUCUAUGAACCAGGCUACUGCUGGCAUUGCCAUGUUAUGAGUCAAAUUUGAGAGAAUGUUUGGAAAUCAUUGUUUGGACUGUGUUACUAAGGUUCAGAUAUUCAGCUGGAUGUUAAAAAUGUAUCAGUUCUACAAAAAUGUAUUGUUUGUACAAAUUUUCACAGUAUUAAUUUGUGAAAGAGAUAAAAUAAAACUGAAAUAAUUUGGA